AUGCAGAAAAGCUCCGCCUUCAUCCUCCCUCCCCCCUCCACCAUCAACGGGGAGCAACGUCGUCCGCAACAGCUUCAUCCUCAUCCCCAUCCUCACCACCCUCAUCAGCAACAUGCCAUCAUCCCGUCCAGCUCCACCCGCUCCGGCAGUAUCCCGGAAAUCCCCGCUUUCGCCGACUACCCGUUGAUGGACGACUCGUCCGUCUCCCAUCGUGCCAGUAUUAGUACCGAUGAACAUUCCAACAACUCGCCCGAAUCGUGGGAUGGCGAGGGUCCCGACACUUCUCCCGUCGCCGACGUCGAGGUGAAGAUCCACGACAUUUCCCAUCCGCUCGCCGUGGCCUCCGCCAAAGCCUUCCACUUCAAUAUGGUCGCUCCUCACGAUGCGGACCUGUCGAUGGGAGACGUAACGCCCAAGGUCGAAGAGGUGGACGACGCGGAUGAUUUACAAAGUAUCAAACCUGUGGGUGUGGAUCCGUUGGCCAAUGCGGACUCUACUCAUCCGGAUUCCACGGCUCUUCCCGUCAACGUUCCACGGAAACGUGGACGACCGCGCAAACAUCCUCUUCCAGCUCCCGGAGGUCAAGUCAAAAUCACCAAAGGUCGAUCCAAGACGGGUUGCAUAACGUGUCGACGACGAAAGAAGAAAUGCGACGAGACCAAGCCAGCGUGCCUAAAUUGUCAGAAAAAUGCCGUCGUGUGUGAAGGUUACCCGCCAAAGGAGAUCUGGAAGAGUGGGAAACAGAAGCAGGAAGAUGCAGCUGCCCGAUGCCAAACGAUGAUCUCUCGUGCCCUCCCUUUCCUGAUCGAUGGAAUCGAAAGCGAUAUUGACCGACGCUUCCUGGAUCAUUUUGUGUACGGAUUCAGCCGUGUGCUGACGCUGAUCAACGAUGAUUCCAACCCCUUCAAGGAGAUCCUCCUGCCGAUGGCGACCCAACACCGUGGCUUGAUGCACUCCCUCAUGUGUCUUUCGGGAUCGCAUCUCUCCGGGCUUGAGCCGGAGCCGCGAGUCAUCGAGCGAAAAUACCACCAUUUCCAUCGAGCGAUCCGAGACCUGAAGAGUAAUAUCACGGCGUCGUCGAAAGGCGGGGGAGAAGAGCCGGAGUUGUUGGUGGAAGACCCGAUCAUCGCGUCGACGAUAGCUCUGAGUCUCAAUACUAUCUGCGAGGGAGAGACCAACGGCGAAUACCGGCCGCAUAUGGAUGCCGCGAGAUAUUUGUUGGUGACGCAAAAACCCCGGAAUGAGAAGUUCCGACAGUUCAUCGUCGAGUUCUUCCAAUACCACGAUGUCUCCAACUCCAUUACCUCUUUGGACCGACGUCCCGCGCAUCUCAACGGAGACCUCAGGCUCCCGGACUUUGUGCCUCACGCACAGGCUGGAAUGUUCCUGGGUGUAUUUGACGGCCUGUUCAACUACAUCUCCGAAGUGACGAGACUGCGCGACCGUAUCCGGCAGCGGCACAAUGAAGGGUACGAGCCGGCGGUAGACUAUCAGAUCCUGAGCGAGGCCGUCUCGAUCGACUCGGCCAUCCGAGCCUGGGAAACGUCUCACCCGCCUAACACCCCGAACUGGGCCCUGGCACAACUCUAUCGACAAUCGACCUGGGUCUACCUGUAUCGGACAAUUCGGCCCUCGCGACCGAGCGAAAAGAUUGCACGGGUAGUGGACGACGGGCUUGCCUUCUUGGAUCAGCUGCCACGGGAUGCGGGAGCUUACAGCAUCGUGCUGAUGCCGCUCUUCCUGCUGGGAUGUUCUGCAUUCGUGCCUGAACAGCGAGAACGGAUCCAAAAGGGAUUCGAAUCGCUCAAGGCCUACUCCAACCUGCGCAAUAUUCAGCCGGCGCUGACCGUGGUGGAAAAAGUGUGGGAAGUAAUGGACAGUGACAUGGAAGACAGCUGGGACUGGGAGAAGAUCAUUAAAUCUAUGAACAUGGAUUUUCUCAUCACUUGA